AAAAUGCGUUGGUUAUGAAAUUUCAAUGACACUACGCUAUACAAAAUAAUAUACUGACACCAAAAAAUCUUUCGAUUUAGGUACCUUAAGUAACAUAUAUUGUAUAAACACUUUACAGCUCCUGUAAUAUCUAAAAUAUACCAAUUGAUAUAGAGUUGUUUUGUAACUUAUUUAUAGAAAGGCUAUAACAUUAUUUUUGAAAAAAAAAAUAUUUUUUUAAGGGACAUCAACACAUUCAAAUUUUCGAAGUCAGUCGGGCCGUUGCUUCCUCUUUGGCUUAUUAUAUUUCAUAUAUGAUACAAUCAAAAUGACUCUGGAUAAGUUUAUUUUACUUUGUCAAAUAGGAUUUGGAAUCCCUUUAUUGCUAUCAUUUCCAUUUGAAAUCCUCUUCCAUUCUAAAAUUGUUUCAUUUUGAAUGGGGAUUACAAUACAGACAGGCUAUAUUAGCCGUUUCAAAGAGUCUACAAUCAUUCAUUUGUUUCCAGAAUGUCAGGGAGUGUGUCAAGAUGUCGAGCGUGUCGAGCAAUGUAAACAAACUUCACCGGGAUGUGUUAGGAUGUGCGAAGAUAAGUGCUAAUUAGUGUCCGUUAGUGCGAGUAUGCGCUGUGUUUUGCUCUGUAAGUGCAUUUUGCUCUUUGUGUCUUAUAAAAUGUGUUAAUAUCUCGAAAAUCAGUUAUGGAUCAUGUCUCGAGAAAAUGUCAUAGAAAAAUUCUACGGUGUGUAUUUACUAUAUUGCACAAAUCCGAAAUACAAAGGAAGAACGUACAUUGGAUACACUGUCGACCCAAAUCGUAGAAUAAAACAACACAACAAAGGCAAACACGCUGGUGGGGCCUGGAGAACAAGCAACCGUGGACCUUGGGAAAUGGUGCUAAUUAUUCAUGGAUUUCCCAAUGACAUAUCAGCCCUCCGGUUCGAAUGGGCAUGGCAGCACCCAUACCGCUCCCGACGCUUACGUCACGUCCAGAAGAAGAAAUCCAAUGAAAAAACAUACGAUUUUAAUCUUAGGGUGUUAUCUGAGAUGUUGUGUGUAGGACCAUGGCAUCGUUUACCAUUAACAAUUCGAUGGCUGAAACAGGAAUAUGCCCGUGAAUUUCCAGUAUGUAUGUCCAGUAGGUUUCAUAUGUUAUACAACAUAGCAUCUCGCAGUCCUCCAAUGCAUAUGCCUGUGGUUUAUGGACCUGUUGCAACUAAAAAAAUUCCUUCAACACAAACGACUGAAGAAAAUAAUGAUGCACUAGAUGAAACUUUGUCUCUCUGUUCUUUAUGCUCAGAAACUGUCACAAAGCAGCAACGCAUGACAUGUCUUAAUCCCAAGUGUUUGUUAAUGGUGCAUGUUAUCUGCUUAGCUAACUUGUUUGUGCCUGAAAAUGAAGUUGUGCCUGUGGACGGACAGUGCCCUGCGUGUAAAAUUGAUGUUUUAUGGGGUGAUUUAGUUCGUAAGAAAAAUGGUUGUUACAGGGACUUAAACAAUAGUGCUUCUGAAGAAUCAGAGUAAUGUAAUUUUUGGAAUUUUAGAUGUGAUUUGUAAUUGACUAAAUUUCUUGUUUUGAAUUUUAUUUUAUCUUUAUUUGAUUAAGAAAACACCAAAAACUAAAAAUUGCUAGUCCAUGUGAUAGUAAUUUUGUGGUAUAUGAUAUCUUCCAAACUUUUAAGUAAUUCUAUUUUUAUUCUGUUAUGGUUUCCAUAUGAUGACAUGUCUUGCAAUGUUCUUGAACAGAUCGUUGGUGGAUGUUCUUCAUUCCGAAUUGUUUAUGGCUUUAUCAAGAUGACAGUUUAUAUAAUUUUUAAGGAAUUGUAAAGAAGGACUUUUUUAUGCAUCUUCUUUAGAAAUUGUAGUUAACUGAUAGUGACUAUACUGUUGUAUCAUUGUUUUUAUAAAUGUAUUAUCUAUGUGGAAGUAUGAUGUAUAUUUUGCUUUCUGGAAGUAAAGGAUUAUAUUUUGCAACUUAAAAGUUUUUAGCUUUUUGUUCUCAAAUUUCAUUUGCUGACACUUCAAUAUUUUGUCCUUUAAACCAAAUUGGCAGUAUGUGCAUUUUGUUUUUCAUUUAGUUAGUGUGUUCCAAAUUAUUAACAAAUAAGGAAUUUAUUACUGUAUUUGAAUAAAUACUGUCUCAGGUGAACCCUCCUUCUUUCAUAAUUACUAUAUUUCUACAAUUAUUUGACAGAAACUUUCAGAAUCUAAUAAUUUAUUUUGUGUUAAAAGUUAAUAGAAAGAUACAUUUAACUUCGUUCAUUGUGAUAAUUGAAACUUAUGAGUACUAUAAAUUUCCACAGAAAACUUAACAAGAUCUUAUCCAUUUUCCUCUCAUGAUAACUGACCUUUGGGAUUCUCUUCUCUGUGUUCAGUGCUUUUCUUAAUCAUUUUUCCACAGGUUGAUUUGUUUAACUGUGCUGUAUAAUUGUUAGUGACAUUUCAUGACUUACGCUUAAGAAAAGUUAGCAAGGGAACAUACUUUUCAUGCCAGAUUAAAUUUUAUUGAAUAUAUUAAGCCAGUAAAUUAUAUUUGGUAAACUCCUUCAUCGGGAAUGAAUUGCAACUAGUAGGGGCUGUAUUUACAUAUUGUUAUAUUUUGUUUUUAAAGGUUUAUAUAAAUUCUUUGCAACUUGAUUAUUUAUUCAUAAUAUUUUUUGGUUGUGAUAAUACUGUAGUAAAUUCAUACAAUUUUUGAUAAUUGUAUUAAAAUAAUACAAGUCCAUAUUUAAACCUGGAUAUUUCAUAACAAUUUGAACUUUACAAAAAAGUUUAGGAAAUAUUUUUAUUGUAAAUUAAUUAAAUACUGUAUUUUGCUCAGAAGAAAUUAGUAUACUAUUAAGACAUAAGAACAUUCUUAAUAUUAGUAAUAAUUUUCUUUUGUAAUAUUUCUCAAAAAAGAUAUUAGUAAUUAAAUAGUGUCAUUGUGUGAGCAUAAAUUGGUCAAACAAAAUUGUGUACAGUUAACUUGUGAGGCAGUUAAUGACACACAAAUCAUCUGAUGUACAUUUCUGACAUAUCUGCUCUAGAAAUGAGUUGGUAUUAAUGUAUUUCUAAUGUUAAAUUUGCAUAUUGUGUAAUAAUUAAUGUAUUGGAUUCUUUAAAAAUAUGUAAUUUAUUUAGCAGUAGUGUUAAUUGAGCAGAGAUAUUGUUUAUUUCAAUCCAAGAUUGUAUUACUUCUUAAAUGUUCCUACAAUGUAUCAUUGUUGACUAAAAUAUGUGCAAAUUGUAGAAAAUGGGAUAAUAUUUUUUCUAUAUACUUAUAGAAUAUAUUGUAUAUAAAUAACUGAUUGUAUACUUCUUCUCUGGCUUUAUCCUUAUUUCUCUCCCAAUAGAUCAUACUUCAGUUCCUUUCCUCCUUAAUCUUUCUAUUUACAUUAAUAUUUUGGUGAUGAGUUAAUUUAUAUACACAUCUAUUCACAAUAAAUAUAAAACAAUUAUAUACAUGCUUCACAGUCUUUCACUGGGCUUUAUAUAAUACUUGAUGGUAGUUGAGAGUAACAGAUUGUCCUUUAUAUUAGAAAUCAUCAUCAAAACCAUAGUCAUCAUAAUCAUCUUGCACUCCUGGAGGAACAAAAGCACCUCCCCAGAAGUUGGAAAUUGAUUCUCCGAAACCCAGUGACGUUGCAAUGCCAUACACCAGUCGCAAGAACAAUAUCCUUAGGAAGUUGAAGAUAUUCGUUUCUCUUGAUUGUACUUGUUUCUCUGAUUUCUUGCCCUUCUUCUGUUUACAUUCACAACUCACUGUUAGAAGAAUGAGCAGCAAAAGUGCAGCAUAAAUCAAAAGAGUUGGGAACUUCAUGAUUAAAUUGGAAUGUUCAUUAAAUCAACUAGCCAUAGAUGUGUUGACAAUGGAGUCUGA